UCAGUCAAAAAAUUAUUUACUAUAUAAGAGUACAAUUAAACGACCAGCUUUGUGCAAUAGUUUGAGAUUGAAAUAUGUUUCAUGAAUAUAAAUAACAAUACUAACCCUAGACCAAUUAUUCGCAAUUCUAAGAGUGCAAUGUAAAUAUGAGGACGAUAAACUCAAAUCAAUGUGUCAAGAUUCCCAAGGACAUAAAGGCGUCUGUAAAGGCUCGUGUUGUCACCAUUACAGGUCCAAGGGGAACGUUGAAGCGUAGUUUUAAACAUCUGGCUUUGGAUAUGUAUAUGGUUAACAAACGUACCCUUAAAGUUGAAAAGUGGUUUGGCUCAAAGAAAGAAUUAGCUGCUGUUCGUACGGUAUGCAGUCAUAUUGAAAAUUUAAUCAAAGGUGUAACAGUGGGUUUCCAAUAUAAAAUGCGUGCCGUGUACGCCCAUUUCCCCAUUAACUGUGUCACCUCUGAAAAUAAUUCCGUUAUUGAAAUUCGUAACUUUUUGGGUGAAAAGUACAUUCGCCGCGUUCAAAUGGCUCCUGGUGUGACCGUUGUUAACUCUACGGCUCAAAAAGAUGAACUUAUCGUUGAGGGUAAUGAUAUUGAAGCUGUCUCCGGAUCAGCAGCUUUAAUUCAACAAUCCACGACAGUUAAAAACAAAGACAUUCGAAAGUUUUUGGAUGGUUUAUACGUUUCCGAGAAAACUACCGUAGUAAAAGAAGAAAUAUAAAGUGUUUUUCUUGAUUACAAAAAAAUAAAAUUCGGAAAGUUGUUAGUUCAUUAUAA